GGGGGGGUGGGGCCUGGGUGGGGCUUGGACUCAUUGAUGGGACAGACGGAAGAAUUGGUUGCUGCAGAGCAGAGAGGUCCACCACUGGGAUGGUUGGAAGCCACGGUUCACGGUAUGUUACGGGAGAAGUGGACUGCUGGCUGGUUUCUGACACUUAUGGGGGCUGUACGAAUAUGUCUUUUGUUUUUUACUCUUUCUUUUUCUUGUUUUUCCUUUUCUUAUUUUUCCUUUUCUUUUUCUUUUUUCCUUUGCUUGGGGAUAGACUUACCAUAGAACGGGGGGCACGGGACGGGACUGGAAUACUUUAGAUACGGUACUGGGGCAACGGAAUAGGCGCAUCUUUAUAUCGAUAGAAUUGAAUGC